AUGAACGAGUCGCUGGUGGUGAAUGACUCCUCUGCGUCUCCCGUGGCUGGAGAAUCUCUCUCCUGGAUGGAGGCUGAGUCUCCAGAGCACAACGGCAGCCUGGAAUUCUCCACCGCCCCGUUUGAUAUCCCCAUAAACCCGUGGGACAUCAUGCUCUGCUUGUCGGGCACCGCCAUCGCCUGCGAGAACGCCAUAGUUGUAGCCAUCAUCUUCUACACGCCGACGUUAAGGACUCCCAUGUUCGUUCUCAUCGGGAGCCUGGCCACAGCAGACCUCCUGGCAGGCAUGGGAUUAAUCCUGAACUUUGUGUUUCAGUACGUCAUCUCCUCUGAGACCAUCAGCCUCAUCACUGUAGGCUUCCUGGUGGCCUCCUUCACGGCCUCCAUCAGCAGCCUGCUGGCCAUUACAGUGGACCGGUACUUCUCCCUCUACAACGCCCUGACGUACUUUUCAGAAAAGACGCUUCAGUACGUGCACCUGAUGCUGCUGGGGACCUGGGGGGUGUCCCUGUUCCUGGGCCUGCUGCCGGUGCUCGGCUGGAACUGCCUGGAGGAGCCGGCCUCCUGCAGCAUCGUGCGCCCCCUGACCCGGAGCAACCUCACGCUCCUGGCCACUUCCUUUUUCGUGAUCUUCGUGCUCAUGCUCACUCUCUACUUCAAGAUCUGCAAGAUCGUGUGCCACCACGCCCACCAGAUCGCCCUCCAGCAGCACUUUUUCGCCACGUCACAUUACGUCGCCACUAAGAAGGGCGUUUCCACUCUCGCCAUCAUCUUGGGGACUUUUGGAGCCAGCUGGCUUCCCUUCGCCAUCUACUGCCUGGUCGGUGAGAAGGAGUAUCCGUCAGUGUACACCUAUGCUACACUGCUGCCGGCCACCUACAACUCCAUGAUCAACCCCAUCAUCUAUGCCUACAGAAACGCAGAGAUCCAGCGCUCCAUCUAUAUGCUCCUCUGUGGCUGCUUUCAGUCCAAAGGAGCCUACCGGUCCAGGUCCCCUAGUGAGGUCUGA